CCACUUUUCCGCAAUUCCAGCGAUGGCGCGUCCAUCCAUCUUUCUGACCGGACUUCGAAACCGGAAAAUUUCCAUCCGCAUUGCGGAUGGAAAUUCGAAGACCUGAAAAAUGCAGCAACCAGCGAGAUCUCAACUUAUUUCGGCAGCCAAAACUUGGCCGAUUUCAUCUCUCGGCGUUCGCAAGACUUAUGGAGAAAAAUGGACGACCCGGAUGCGAUAGAAUACGACGACUGCUCGCCUCCGGCCACGGCCGUUCAUCAUACGCGUGUCCCACGAGCUUGCGAUGCCUGCCGUGUACGCAAGAUCCGCUGUGACCGAGAAUCUCCAUGUGCUCACUGUGUGCAAUCCAAGAUUGAGUGCACGCAGUCCAAGACAAGGCAACGAGAGAAGCGAACGCGGGUGCUUUUAAGUCGCCAAUAUGAGAACAAAAUCGACAGCAUCGACCGCCGCUUGGGUGCAGUUGUUGGGCUGCUUGAGGAGCUCAGAACAAAGCUUCCCUCACGAACACCUGCGUCAUCAGGGGGCGCAAGCACAACCAAGUCCUCCCCCUUGAACCCGGUGACUGCGAUCAGUCAUGGCAGCCAUGCCACUCCCAUCAGCCGGGCCAGUCCCGCUGGAAUUUCCGGACCAGUGGUCGAAGGCGAGUCCUCCUUGACAGCACAUUCGGCGUUCGCCAAAGACCUCUUACAGAAGGUCGUGAGCAAGGAGUCGCGGCCAGAGUUUCGCGAGAGAAUAGACGAUCUCCAUCACAUGGUCGAAGUCAUGAAGUUGCAACCCGCGGCAGAUGAGAUGGCUUACCCGCUUGCCAAGCCCAUGUCUCUUGUUGUCCGUGGUGGAUGCCAGCUUCCACCCAUUGAAAAGACAUUAGAGGUCCUGAAACUUGCGAAAUGUCACAGCCAGCACAGCAUCGCGUGGAUUUUCGAGUUGUUCAAGGGGAACAACUUCCCAGAAACGUGCCUCUCCGUGCACAUGGCCGACGAGUACGAGUACCACACCCCUCGCUUUACCAUCGGCAAUGCCUUGUUGCAUUAUCUUUUUCUUACCUACAGCUACGUCAUCCCGGAGAAACGAGACGACUACCUCGGCAUGUCGCGGAUCUGUGCUACGAACAUCGAGACGGCGCUAUCCAACCUCCCCCUACACCUUCCAGCUAGUGAAGAUAUGAUCACGGCACUUUGUUUAGGGGUCUUUACCGCGGUAGAGCUCGCGAAAGCUUCACUGGCCUGGACUCUGUCAUCAAAAGCGUCUGAACUUUGCCAGGCUUUGGGCUACCACCGGAUAGGAACGUACAAGAACUCACUGCCGGACGACGCAGAACGUAAACAAACACUCUUUUGGAUCGUAUACACCCUCGACAAAAGCCUUUCGCUUCGGCUCGGACGGUCCUCGACCAUCCAAGAAUACGACAUCACAUUGCCGGGGCCACGCGAGGACGGCCCAGGGGUCCGCCCAAAGGAAGCAUCCACUUCCGCCUGGUUCGACAUAUGGGUCAGCAUAUCAAGACUUCAUGGCCAGAUCUACGAAUUGUUGUAUUGCCCCGAAGCCCUGGCACAGCCACGUGAAGUGCGGGAGUUCCGCAUGCAGCUUUUGGUCGGUCGUCUCGACCAGCUUGAUGCUCUUACGUAUCAGACAAGGGCUGCUUGGGUGAACCACUCAAAGAAUGUUUUGUCCGAAAAUAUCACUGACUUCGUCACCCUCUCGGAUGAUGUCCUCCACCUCUCAACACGGACCCUCAUCCUUCGAGCCGUACCCAACCCGGCCGGGUGCCCGACUACAUUUACCGAGACCUGCAUUCAGGCCGCCCAAGAUACCCUGGCGCGACAUCAAGAAUGCAUGGCUGUGAUUGAGAGGACUCGCGAUCCUGGGAUGCUGGCGGCCUACAUGAACUGGACCAUCCUCUACGCCCCAUUUGUCCCUUUCAUCGUUCUGUUCUGUCAUGUGAUUGAAACGAAGGACUCGAUGGAUCUUGGUCGGCUCGAGGCAUUCAAUGCCUCUGUUCAGCCACAUCACGCAACCAGCGAGGCUGUUGACAAGCUCCGCCAUCUUUUCCAGAUCCUUUACAGCGUUGCGGCUCAGUAUGUCCACUCUGUGGGUGGAGGGGGCAGCAGGGAAGAACAGCAGGCCAACCAAGUUGAUCCCCCCCUGGCAGCUUUGUUUCCAUUCCAUGCAGAGCAACUGGGGCCCGGAUCUUUGCCGGAUCAAAUGGGCGGUCACAACAACCAACUCUUCCAGCGAGGAGUGAACCCAAUGAUAUGGAUGAGUAACGAGGCUCAACUGGAGAAUUGGCUAUACAAUAAAAUCUUGGCAAAAACGCUCGAAAAAGAGGCUAUUUUUAGGUCAUCAAUACCUCUAUACGCAUUACCUGCGCCAUCAAUCCAACGGUGAAUUUAGCUUUUAUAGGUUAUAUUACCUGUAUAUAUAUAGUUGUCCGGCACAUGCAUACUAUAUAUAGACUAAUAUAUAGGGGAGAGUUUUAAGC